AUGAAGGUCGCAAUUGUCGGAGCCACCGGUGAAACGGGCCGGUCUAUCGUGAAUGGCCUACUCCAGUCGCCUGCCAAAUUCGAGAUCACGGCGCUCAUUCGUACCUCGUCUCUCCAGAAACCCGCCAGCCAAAAGCUUCAGGAGCUUGGUGUCUGUCUCGUCGCCACUGACAUCUCGGGACCCAAGGACAAUCUGGUGGGAACCCUCACCGGCAUUGACGUGCUCAUCUCGGCCAUAGCGCCAUGGGCUCUCCAUGAAGAGAUCAUCCUGGCAGACGCCGCAAAGGAGGCUGGUGUCAAGCGCUUUGUGCCUUGUCACUUUGCCACAGUGUCCCCCCCAAGGGGUGUCAUGGCGCUGCGUGAAGCCAAAGAGGAUGUUCUGGACCAUAUCAAGAAGAUAUGGCUCCCUUUUACCGUCAUCGAUGUUGGCUGGUGGUUCCAGAUCGGUACACCGAGGCUGCCCUCGGGCCGGUUCGACUACGCCCUCAAUGCGCCCAUGGACGGGAUCAUGGGCGGUGGGGACGUUGCUAUGGCGAUCACCCACUUGAGGGACGUGGGCAGAUACGUGGCUCGCAUCAUCAGUGAUGACCGAACUCUGAACAAGUGUGUCUUCGCUUACAACGAGGUAAAAACCCAGUGUCAAGUCUUCGAUGCUGUCGAAGCUAAGACUGGUGAAGCGCCAGAGCGCAAGAUGAUCCCUGCCGAAGAGGUUGUAUCGAAGGUGAAAGAAGCCGAGCAGAAGGUCAAAGCGGGAUCCAAGGAGAUCGGUGACCUGGUGACACUCUGGACGUCGCAGUACAGGCUUUCGUGGGGCGUUCGUGGCGACAACAACCCCGAGUACGCAAAGUACUUGGGAUACCUCGAUGGAAAGGAGCUAUAUCCUGACUUUGAGUUCACAACGUUUGACCAGUACCUGGACGAGCUGCUCGAAGGGAAGGGCAGCAAGGUGUACGCUUAG